ACAUUGUGUCCUAAAGCGACUCGCCUUCUGUAAACGUUAAAGAAUCUCCUGCCGCACUGGCACUUUACAUUGUAGGCCAUCAGACACGGAGGAGAAGCUUAAAAACUCACCAAGUACAUUGUGGCCACUAGAGGGCGCUGACAACCCAGACACAGACAGGCAGGAGACAUGUUUACCACACACCACACAUUUAUUUACAGCUUCCUUCUUACACAACACAAGUCGCAGCACCGUACCAUCACCAUUCAGUGCCUUCUUGCCAGUCCUUUUCCCUUCACUCCUCCUCAGUCUUUGUCCUCUCCUCCCGACUCUCGUCUUCAAGGAGUGGAGCAGCUCCCUUUUAUAAGGCCCCUGGUCUUCAUUACACGUGCUGGCACCUUUAGUGACUCAUCUUAUGUGUUCUCUUUUAUAGAAAUCUGAGCACAAUGGCUGCAACACUCGGUUUGCUGCUGGCUGCUUUCAUCAUCAGCACAGUUACAGAUGUGUCCUACAGUCUUGAUUCCUGUGAGCCUGGAUGGGUGAGCUACUCCGGCAAAUGUUACCAGUACUUCCCAAUCAAGAAGACCUGGAUUGACGCUGAGCUUUACUGUGUCAGCCUUGGAGGAAACCUGGCGUCGGUCCACAGCAGAGCUGACAACCAGUUCAUCAGCAGCCUGAUUAGGAGCAGGGACGCCACUGGCCCCACCUCAUGGCUCGGAGGCUCCAACUGUGUGCAGACCUCAUCGUGGCUCUGGACAGAUGGGUCCAAGUGGGAUUUUGCCAGCUGGAAUCCGGGUGAACCCAACAACGUCGGUGGCAUUGAGCACUGCUUACACACCAACUAUAAAGCUCAAGGUGGCUGGAAUGACAUCAUCUGUGCAAAUCAGUAUCUAUUCGUCUGCAUGAAAAACAAGAGAUAAAGCGUGGAGUGAAGAGGAGUGAAGCCACGAGAGACACUAAAGAUGUCCGAUCUUCAUUACACUUCGGCUGUUUCUAAAUAAAAACACAUCUAGCAUUCA